AGCAGCACCGGAUAAUUUUUGGUUUAUCAGUAAAGACUGAAGUUUUAGUUUUAAAUAACCUUUGUUUCGACAGCACAACAUAACUUGUGCCAUAUUUCGUAACCAUCUAUUUUGUACAGCAGAAAUAUACGUAAUAUUGAGUUUCUUUAAGAUAAAAUUAAUUACUUUAUUAGUUUAUUACGUUACCAUCGAUAGCUUCUUACUUCCUCCGGUGAUUAAGUUGUAAAUUUCGUCUCUACUUCCAUCGACAACAAGCAAACUUCACAGUCUUUAAAGAAUUGGAACAAAUUGGAAUUAACGAAGCCCUUGAAAGUUAAAACAAUCUAGACUUUACACAUCUUGUGUAUGGUCUUGAUAUUUUAAUAGAAGAAAUAAAAAUAAAAUAAUAACAUCAUAAACAAAUUAUAAACAUAGUAAAACUAAAGCUCACUAGUUUCAAUAUUUGCGGUACCCAAAACAACAAAACUCCGAGGUAUAAAAAUAGCAGCUUUUUAUCUAUGAGUCGGAUAGUGUUUAAAAUGGGCUCACGUUUGAUACUUCUUUGUGGUUUUGUUGCUCUAAUUUCGGAGAGUUCUAUUUUUGCUCAGGAGAUCACAACAAAAAACUUGGUACAGCAACAUGGUUAUCCAUUUGAGGAGUAUACUGUUGAAACUGAGGAUGGCUAUCUCUUAGGGCUUCACAGAAUCCCCUGCACCUCCGGACAAAAAUGUCCAAUUGCUUUUCUAAAUCAUGGACUAUUGGGUUCAUCCAGCGAUUGGGUGCUGCUGGGUCCUCGAAAAGCAAUCGCAUAUCUCCUCUCCGACGCUGGUUACGAUAUCUGGUUGGGAAAUGCCCGGGGUAAUACUUACUCCCGCAAACAUGUUGAUUAUAAUCCCGUACCACCAAUUGGGCCGUUCUGGGAUUAUACAUUCCACGAAAUCGGAUUAAAUGAUCUUCCAGCCAUGAUUGAUUUUAUUCGCCAGAAAACCGGACGGAAUGAAAUGCACUACUUUGGUCACUCACUGGGGACAUCAUCCUUCUUUGUUAUGAGUUCUCUGAAGCCAUCAUAUCAAAAAUACAUUAAGUCGGCUCAUAUGAUGACACCAUUGGUAUAUCUCGAAGAUGUUACUAAAUUAUUUCUUGAGAUUUCUAGUAAGGUUAUAGCCCUUACAAAUCCCAUACCAACAUAUCUUGCUGGAAGUACGGAGUUCAAACCGAAUGCAGCGAUUACAUUAUUAGCUGCUCCUGCUCUUUGUGAUUCUCAACCAGUUGAACUGUGUUCCGACAUACUUUUCGUUGUGGAUGGCUUCGAUAACAUCACAGUUGAACCUGCAAUUUUAAACCAAGUACUGGCCACAACUCCAGCCGGAAUCUCCACCAAGAGUUUCUUCCAUUAUUUUCAAUUACAUGAAAGCAACGUAUUUCAGCAAUACGAUUAUGGUUUGUUGGGAAACAUGCGCCGAUACAACAGUAGAAAGCCACCGAUUUAUCCUUUGGAGAAGGUGAAGGUGCCAGUGUUUUUGUAUUACGGUGGGAAGGAUAGAUUGGUUCAUGUUCAAGAUAUUGAUAGAAUAGUGCAGGGUAUUGGAAAUUCGAGGGGAGUGUAUAGAGUUGAAAUUGGUACACAUCAAUACCUCAUUUAUGGGAUUGGAGUUGAACGGACGCUGUAUGAUAAGAUGUUGCAAGAUGUAAAAUCAAUUCAAUAAAAACUUUUAACCAUGGUGAUAAAAUAUGAAGGUACAAAUUUUGAUUAUUCUUUUAAGUGAAGGCCAAAUUUUGUAAGAUUCAAGCAUUUACUAUAAAAUUGUGAUAAGAACUAUAUAACAUGAAACUAGACCAGCUAAUAAAAACUGUUAUUGUUAUUUUUGU